AUGUACGUUACUCUAACCGGAUCAUUAACGUCUCUUCCUGUGUGGAGUUCCAGUGAGGUGAAGAUGAGGAAGGCGAAAGCCGACCUGGAUUUUGCAGCCUACUUUUUAGUAAGAGAGGGAACGACAAGAGUGCUUUGCAAUGUUUCCAGUCUGGCCAUUUUGGAAUUUCUUCGUGAAGGCAAUAUUUCUGUUGGAGAUAAGGUCCAUAUUGGUGGUGAUCUUUCUGCCAAGAUGUACCGUAGUGGUGUAUCCCUUUCCGUGAACGUGGAUUUCCUAAGGAAUAUCACCACUCUCAGAGCCAGCGAUCAAUCAAAGACCACUGUUGAAGACAUGCUAAGCUAUCUCCAGCCGAGCACCACUGCCACGGUCAAGGAUGGUUUUGAUGCUGACAGUCUAAGGGAAAAAAUGAAGCAAGCUGAAAAAGCGUACGCAAAAUCUGUCAAGGAAGCCCAGAAGUUGGCGGUAAGUGCUGGAAAUGGACAAGACGAAGAAAAUGACUCAAGUAAAUCUGUAAUUCUGUCAAGCCAUUAUGAGGAAGAAGAAAUCUCUAACAUGGAACUUGACAUGGAGCUUGAGGGAUUGUCAACACAGACGAUCGAACCUCAGCAUCCGAUUGGUCAGAGUUGUCUGGCCUCAUCCGUAACUGCAAGAGCAACUGGAUCAUAUACGCAUUGGAGUGAAGAUGGUGAAGUGAAAAACUGA